AUGAAGGGUCCAGCGAAAUACCCCUUGGCAGCCAAGCUCGCCCCGUGGAGGCUGCUGUGCUCGGCGGACACUUACAUGCAUGCAUUCUUACUACUCAUCGCUGCCGCUAUUUUCAGCAACGGAGUGCGCUUAGGUAUGGCGUUUGACGACGAUGCGGCGGUCGUCAACAACCCCGAUGCCCACGUGGACAAGACGUCACUUGGCUCCAUCUUCUACAACGACUUCUGGGGCAAGCCGAUCGACAGCUUCGACUCGAACGGGUCGUACCGUCCCAUCGCCGUGCUCACCUUUCGCAUCCAGCACAGGUUGAUGGGCUACCGCCACAGCCCUGCCUUCCUCCACGGCUUCAACUACACCAUUGCGUAUCUCAACGUAUGCCUCGUGUUUUACCUCGCUCGCUUGUACAUCUACGUGGUGGUGCCCAGCGCAGUGCUCGCCGUCGAGAAUGCCAAGCCGCAGUCCCUCACAGCUUUGCUGAUCUCUCCUGUGCAUGCGGUGCCCUUGAUGGCGGCUCUGCUGUUCCUCGUGCACCCCGUCCACGUCGACGCCGUAACGUCCAUCGUGGGGCGGUGCGAGCUGCUCUACUGCCUCUUUGGGCUCAUCGGAUUCUUCUGCAUCCACCGGUAUCUGAACCAAGUCGAUGAGACAGCCAGCACGGCCCCAGUGACUGCAGCGCCCCCCGCAAAGCAGUCGAAAGGGGCGCGCGUGCCCCAGAAACAGUCGCGCAAGCGUGUCAGUACUGAACACUACCUUGUCUUGUCCAUCGGGGCACUUGCGGUAAGCGUCCUCUGCAAGGAUAGCGCCAUCACGUUCACCGCUGUCUACGGCGUGCACGCAUGUGUCAUGUACGCCUGUGGGCGGUGCCAGAAGCGUCGCUCGUUCGUGGUGAUUGUAUUGACAGUAGUGGAGCUGCUGAGCUAUCUCGCCUUCCGACGCGCGUUUGUGGGCGAUGUCGACCUACGGACGAACCCGCUGCUGAACCAGUCGGAGCACCCGCAGUACUUUGUGCCAAAAGGCCUCUUUCACUGGCUCAGCAUUCGGUGGUUGAUUCAGAUGAAGAACUUGGAGCUGCUCUUCUUCCCCACGUCGCUGUGCAACGAGUACAGCUUCAACUGUAUUCCGCAUGUACACAGCAUGCGGGAUCCCCGCGUGCCGAGCUUUCUCGCGAUCACCGGUGCUACCGUGCUCACGCUGCUGAGCCUGCUGUACGGCACGUUCGCACUCCGCUCGCGCGCCGCGCUGGCGGGUCUCGCCGGGUUCCUCUGGAUGGCAAUUCCGUACGCCCCGGUCAGCCAUCUCUUCGUCGCUGUUGGCACUUUCAUCGCGGAACGUUGCCUGUACGUGCCGUCCAUCGGCGCGGUGCUGCUCAUCACCUUCGUCGUAGCCGCACCGAGCCUUCGUGAUGGUGUCGUCGCGCGGUACUUUUACGCGCUGCUGCUGCUGUGCGUUGGCUGGGGUGUCUUCUCCCAUCGGCGCAACGAGGACUGGCAGUCGAACGAGCACCUGUCGCGGGCCGCCACGCGUACCUGCCCAAAUAGCGGCAAGGCACACUUCCAGCUCGCUGCCGCCGUGGCCGCACGGGAGAGCUUCGUGACGCCGGAGGUGGUUGCGUUGGCACGGCGUUCGCUGGAGCUAGAUCCGUCGUCUCACCACGGCUACUACCACUUGGCUCUCUAUGAGCUAGAGGUCAACGACGACAAGCGCAAAGCCUAUGAGUACCUCCGCGAGUGCCUGGACGAUCGGUUCGCCUACAUGCCGUGUGAGGAUCUGUACAGGCGAUUGCGCAGUGUCGUGUAUCCCCACAUGACGACGGUAGAGCAAUAUGUGGACCUCGCCACCGUUUUACACCGCGACUCGUACAAGGCGGUGUACCUCCGUGAGGCCGGCCUCAUAGCGCUGCAGAGAGACGCCAAGCCUUGUCUGGCGAAGAAGCUGCUUGACAGUGCCAUGACCCGGUGGAACAAUUCCAAUGUGUAUUGGAUGUCGGACGAGGUGAGUCGGGGAGUUGGAGACUCUACGUACUGCAACGCGCUCUACUGGUACGAGCAGUCCUUCUUGCAGUGCGAGAAGGAACUCAUGGCCGGCGGCGUCGAGUCGGCGAGGGGAGAGAAGGAGAGCGAAGGCGACGACACCGACGACGGUGCACGCUCGAGCAGCUCGCCGCCGUCAAGGAAGUUUACUCAGCCUACACAGCAGGAGGCAGUGCGUGCAGCGGCGGCCGCCGCGGAGCACUUCCGUCACUGCGGCACCGACUGGCAUAGCUUACUAUCGGGGCCAACGUAUAACUACAUCACUAUCCCACAUCGCAUGACGGAUUACGUUUUCGUAGGCACCUCCACCGCCUCCUUCAUCGCCCACUUCAUCAGCUACACCGCGAGGGACACGCCAGCACGGAACACGCUGCUGCUGGCCUACCUGGACACCACGUUGCGCCAGUACUGCCACUUCAGCGCUCUCCUGCACGAUGACUACGUGAAUGCGAAGAUCCGCCAGCUGUUUAAGGACAAAAUGCAGAGCAUCGUGCAAACCUAUUCGUUAAUGCGCGGCACGCUUGUCUCCAGGAUUCAGUCGACGGUGCGCGACCUCCGAGGCUCCAGCUCGCUCAGUGCCACCCAGAGCGAGACACUCCGGAGUCUCUUGGCCACGUCUCCAUGUGCCAGCGAGCUCCCCUCUUUCGCUCCUUAG